AUGUCAAGCUACUUUUCACCUAUGCCGAUCCCUAAUAGGCAUUCUAUAAGAGCUCCAGUUUUUGGGGCUAGUCCUACAAGGUUGAGAAAGAAGAAGAAAAAAUCGUCAAGGCGAAAACCAAUUGUCCACUCAAUAACUGAAUCUCCGAAAGAGCCAGUUGUUGAAUUGCCAAUACUAGUAAGCCGAUCUGAAUCCCCUAAGCCUAGUGUUCCUCCUUUAAAACUUCCCAAUUUAAGCAACUAUUAUGACCAGUUAAGAGUUCUCAACGAAGAAGGACAAAAAAAACUUUUUCCAGGCAGCAGAAGAUCAAAAACUUACAUGGUCGGGCAAAAAGCAAAACUUGAAUAUGUGGAUAACUAUAGAAACAUUGACAAAAUCCUUGAAACAAAUAGACACUUUAAUAUAGAAGACUCCCCUGUUACUUCAUACUUAAAAAAGAUCCGUGAAAAACAUCUCUCGCCAAUUCCGAUGGGAAUUGUAAAAAGAGCAGGAAAAGACCAAGAUAUUGAUAUUGGGAUGUACGCGAUGGGAGAUUCUUAUGCUGAAGCUUUAUCUGAAGGAAUGAAGGAAUUUGAAGUUAAUAAGCUGAUUUUAAGCGACAAUAGGCUUACUGAUGUAGGAGCAAUGAAGAUUUUGCAGGGAGUUAAAUCAAGUUCACUUGAAAUACUUGAUUUGUCUAAUAACAAGCUGAGCAACGAUGUAGUUCAGUAUAUUGCUGAUAUGUCUCAAAAGAGGAACACAUCACUCCAUACCAUUAGGCUAGAAGGUUUACACAUGAAAGAUGUAGGAGCUUCAAUACUUUGCAAAGCAUUGAAAAACAGCUUAUUACUUAUAGAGCUGAAUUUAGCUAAGAAUAAUUUAGAAGGCUGCAAAGCAAUAGCAAAACUUAUAGAAUUAUCAACUACGCUCCAAAAAUUAGACCUACAUUGAAAUAAUAUCAGAGGUGAGGGGGCAAAGAUGAUAUGCAGGGCAAUUUCUCACAAUAAAUCUCUGAAGAUCCUUGAUCUCUCUUGGAACGCAAUUUCUUCACCUCCCCUAGACAACGCCUGCAAGUUUUUAUCCAGGGCAUUUCAAAAGCACCCGCUAUUAUUUCAUGUAGAUCUUUCCCACAAUGGGCUGUCUUUAAAUGAUGCCCAAGUGCUUUCAGAAGGCCUUGCACACAAUCACACAAUAAUGGGAAUCCACAUGGAGGGAAAUCAAGGGAUAGUUGAUGCAUUAGGAUUUGUGUCUCCUUCGAAGUUCGAUAAGCCAGGCCAAGCUCAUAUUUUUACCAGAAUUCUAUCUAAUAGUAGGAUUACUAGCCAUUUGAACUGAAGGCAUGUUAGUAAUUGCUGGAUCUGUGAAAGGUGGAAUGAAGUUGAGUUUGAAUGAAUUGGAGCUGCAGAGGAUCCUGUGUACAUUCAUUUCAGCUUUGAAGGAUAUGAAGGCGAGCUUAUGCAGAAGAUUGACUCAACCACAUAUAAACUUGUUCGUAUGUGCCCACCCGGAAGGUUUUAUUAUUUUUACACACAUAAUUCUCAAAUUAAAAAUAAUCCAAAUCAAAGGGUGACAGAGCUACCAUGCGAUUAUUCGAGAGAAAUUGAACUAUACCCAGGCUGCAAAAUUCAAGUUGAUAUAUGUGAUGCAAAUGUCAAAGACAAUCAAAAAGGACCGAACUUGCUUUCCUUAGAAGAGACGAGCCCUAAGCCCCGAGUACCAAGAAGAAAAUUUGUGCCACUCGUUGUAAAAAGGGCUUGGGGAAUACCAAUAUCGAUUUUUAAAGAUUAUAAAUUUGAUGAUGAGGAACUGUUGAGAAAAUGCUUUGAGUUUGACUGAGAAAGAUCUUAUGUCUUACUUAUUUUGCUUACUCCCCGUUAAAUUGGAAUAAAGCAUCCUGCUCCAAUUUAAAGGGGGGCUAAUUUUUUUUCUUAAAAAAUUAUAUUUAAAUUUUCUUAAAAUCUUAAAAAAUAUAAAUUGAGGACAAUACUUUGAAUUUUACUUUAUUCUUAUGAAGAAUUAAAUAAAGAAAUUAAUCAAUUCAGUGUGAAAAUUAAUUAAAUAAUAUUCUACUUGAACUUUUUCUAUUAAUUAGUCAAAACUAAUUUUAUGAAAAUUAGUAUUUCAUCUUUAAAUUUUUUUAAAAAAAUAUAAAUUGAGAACAAUACUUUGAAUUUUAAUUUAUUUUUAUAAAUGACACUCUACUUGCAUUUUGUCUAUUAUAUUAGGUAAAAACAAAUUUUAUAAAAAUAGAAAAAAUUUUCCUAUUGAAAAACAAAUUUGUUACAAUUUAAAGGGGUUUAAGUACCCAAAAAAUGCAAAUUUUACCGAUAUUUUGUUCCAAUUUAAAUGGCUGAGCUAGUAUUGAAUGUGCUACUCUCUUCAGUAGGAUGGAAGCCACGGCGCGCCCUUUUAACUCCAAAGUAAUGACGUUACCGGGCAUUUCGAUGUCAUGCGAUAUUUUAGGAAAGCUCAGCAAUAUAAAAUAAACUUCGCCUCGACUAUCCAGAAAGCCUCACAGUGUUAAUUCACUCGCUUCCCUUUACUCUGCUCUGCGCAUGCUCUGCCUGAGGGUCACCUUCCUCAGGUGUGCUAAGAGGAAAAACCUUAAGCCUAUUGAUGCGCUUGGAGCAGUGCCUCUGUCUUAGCAAGAUUAGACCGAAGAAGCUCUCUGGGGAAAAGUGAAGGAGACUUAUAGUACUUUCGAACCGAAUACUACUUUAUUCUUGACUGAGAAAGGUCAAAAAUCCCAAAGCUUGUAAAAGAUCCAGAAGAGCAAACCAAAGUUAGCAAAAUGCUAUGGGAAGCAUAUCGUGUCAUAAAGGAAGUUUAUAAGUAUUAUUCAUCUCUCAGUCCACAAGGAGAAAUUUGAUCUAUUGGCCAAAUGGUUUUGACUGAUCUCUGCAAUGAAGCAAAAAUUUUUGAUUCUAAUUUUCGGCUUGCAGAUUUAGAUUUCCAUACAAAGGCAGCUUUAUAUACAGAAAUCAAGAAUAAUCCAAGAAAUCCUGCCAAUGCACUAAUAAGAUAUCAAUUUAUGGAAAUUUUAGUGCGUAUCUCUCUAGACAAAUUUCUAAAAUCAGGUCAAGCUACAACUGCAUCAGAAGCCGUUUACAUUAUGCUUAAUAACCAUAUUAAGCCAAAUUUAAGUCAUAUUUUAGCUGAUAAGUGAAGAUUUUCACGAUAUAUCACAGAAGAAGUUGACAAUGUUUUAAAAGCCAAUGUUUCGUUACUAAAAGCAGUAUAUGCAAAGUAUUCAAAAUUGAAAGUCAAGCCUGGCCAAAAACCAUUUAUGUGUUUGCAAGAAUUUGAUGGCAUUUGCAUAGAAGGUCAGUUGUUAACUGAGACAUUUACAGCUAGGGAAACUAAUAUGGCUUUUAAUCUUGCAAUGAUGACUCAGCCAAAUGAGUUAGAUUAUGAUAGACAUCUUCAGAUGUCUUUUAUUGAGUUCUUAGAAGCUAUCUCAAGAGUGGCUGAUAUGGCUAAGCUUCCUGAUCCUGAAAGUGGUGAAAGAUCAACAGAAUCCGCUCCGCUGGCUAAAUUAAUUACAAAUUUACUUCCGAAACUCAUGGAAUUAUUGCCAAUAAGCAUUCAAAAAGAGCUCAAAAAGAAAUCUGACCCUCAAAACGAUUAA